AUGUCGAACCACGAUGAAUCCAUCGAUGCAAAUCGCCCAGAGCAGCCCGACGUCGUGCGCCGGCCGUCUCUUAUCUCGUCGCGCACCUUUUCCGACGCUGGGCGGCGAACCUCUCAACAACAUGUGCGCUUCUCAACCGAUCUCGACCACCCGUCCGCCGACGACCACCGCCGCACGAACCGGGACGGUCGACGGCCCAGUUCACGAGGCCUAACUAUCGAUACAACGCUUGCACCUCCCAGUGGUUCGCCUGCCGGUCGAUCGCCUACCUCUCCGCUCUCCCCGCGCGCCGCCAGUGCCACCCUCUCCCCCAUUUCUCCGCCGAGUCCGGAUGCGGGCGGUCGAUCCCGAUCGCGGAACCGUGGGUAUUCGCUUCGACGCUCGCUCUUCAACAAAAAUAUCCAAUCGCAGGCCGAACAGGAUGAUGAGACUGCGGAACGGGGUGAGGCCCAGGGCCCGUCCACAGACGAGGCGCUGGAGCCAGCACCUGCUGUUCCGCAUGCGCCCAGUCCCGUGGAUGAGAAGCACGAGUUGACGGUUGCUUCGACGGCGACCGUCGAAUCGACCUCCCGAGAAGAGGUGUCGACCUAUUUUUCGUCCGAGCCGUCGGAAAAAGGGUUCAAAGACCGCUUUUCCAUGUCUGUUGCGCAUGACCGAUGGCUGAGGCGUAAAGCGACUUCGGCAAUGAUCGUCGGUCGCAUCGAGGGUGCUCUCGCUGCGGUUCGGAAGGUGAUUUUGCGCAUCAAGGAGAUCCCGCCUACAAAGGACGGACGCCAUCUUGAUUUGAAUCCGUCUUUGGUGGAUACUUUGACUGAUGAACGCACUGGCAAGCCCUACAUUGGCAAUUCCAUUCGCUCGAGCCGAUAUAGUUUCUGGAGUUUCUUCCCCCGCCAGCUGUUUGCGCAGUUCACGAAAUUGGCCAACUUUUACUUCCUGAUCGUUGCCGUUUUGCAGAUGAUUCCUGGUCUGAGUACCACAGGAACGUAUACUACCAUUGUUCCGCUUUUGAUCUUCGUUGGCAUCUCUAUGGGCAAAGAAGGGUUCGAUGACUGGCGUCGGUAUCGCUUGGACAAAGAAGAGAACAACCGGUAUGCCUCGGUGCUUCGCCCGGGUCAGGGCACUCCCUCCGAUGGCACCUCCGUGGCCAGCAACUGCCAAGAUUGGGUCGAUGUCAAGUGGAAAGACAUUCGAGUUGGAGACGUCAUCAAGCUUCACCGUGAUCAACCAGUCCCUGCCGAUAUUGCAUUGCUGCAUGCCAACGGCCCGAACGGUGUGGCUUACAUCGAAACUAUGGCCCUCGAUGGGGAGACCAACCUCAAGAACAAGCAGCCGUCUCAGCCCGUCUCCAAAGCGUGCUCCACCGUGGAGGACAUCAACAGAAACUCCCUGCACUUUGUGUUGGAGGAUCCGAAUAUCGAUCUUUACAAAUUCGACGGCCAUGUCACGGUCAACGCCCAGGAGAAGCUUCCCUUGACCAACAAUGAGAUUGUUUACCGAGGAAGUAUUGUGCGCAACACCGAGCGCGCCGUCGGAAUGGUCAUUUACACAGGCGAGGAGUGCAAGAUCCGCAUGAACGCCAACAAGAACCCGCGGAUCAAAAAGCCUGCCCUUCAGGACAAGGUCAACCGUGUUGUCAUGUUGAUUGUGGUCCUGGUAGUCGUCCUGGCUGUUGCAUGCACUAUCGCCUACAAGUAUUGGUCGCAGGACGUGGAACAAUACUCAUGGUAUCUCGUUGAUGCCAAGGUGGAAUACGGCCCUGUGUUCACUUCGUUCUUGAUUAUGUUCAACACCAUGAUCCCCAUCUCACUCUACGUGAGUAUGGAGAUUGUGAAGGUUGCGCAGAUGCUCCUGCUGAACGACAUCGACAUGUACGAUCCUGAAACCGACACCCCGCUUGAAGCCCGAACCUCGACCAUCAACGAGGAGCUCGGUCAAGUGAGCUACAUCUUCUCCGACAAGACCGGUACUUUGACGAACAACUCCAUGCGCUUCCGCAAGAUGAGUGUGGCCGGGACUGCUUGGCUCCACGACUCCGAUAUUCAAGAGGAAGCCGCUCGCGAGCCUGAUCACAGCAAGUUGAUUCACAAGAAGCGAAGCGUCAAGGGAAAGAAAGCCCUGUCCCGCAAAUCUAACGUAUCCGAGGUUCGCAUGGGCCCGCGGCCUUCGAAUGUCUCCACGGGCAUGGAUGGCGUGCGCGGACUGGGUCGCUCCAACACUUCCUGUCGCACCACUGAAAUGCUUGAAUUUAUCCAGCGCAAGCCCUACACAGUCUUCGCUCGCAAGGCCAAGCUUUUCAUUCUGGCCAUGGCACUAUGUCACACCUGUAUCCCCGAGGAGGAUGAGACUGGCUCUACCUCCUUCCAGGCCGCCUCGCCGGACGAGCUGGCCUUAGUUCUUGCGGCUCAGGAAUUGGGAUACCUGGUCCUGGACCGACAGCCGAACACCUUGACUAUCCGCACAUACCCGAAUGGCCCUAAGCAGGCCGCUUGCGACGAGGUCUACGAGAUAUUGGACGUCAUCGAGUUCUCGAGUGCACGGAAGCGCAUGUCUGUGGUGGUUCGUAUGCCCGAUCAGCGCAUCUGCCUAUUCUGCAAGGGUGCCGACACGACGCUCAUGCGUCUUUUGAAGCAAGCUUCACUGGCGCAGGAGAAGUCGAGUGAAAUUGAGCGUCGCGCGAGCCGGCGCAAAGCCGCCGAGGCAAACCAGGUUAUUCGGCGCAACAGCGAGUACCAGAGCCGGAAGGACAGUGGAGUCCGAAGCAGCAUCGGCCGGCCCAGCUUGAAUCGUCGGCGCUCAUCUGUCUCUGGCCACCAGUCGUCGACGCUGCGGGACAGCAUUGAUUUCUGGUUGCGUGACCGCGAAACGGACGGCGGCAUCUUGAAGAAAGAGGCCGACAGCGCGUACUACAGUCCCCGGCCCUCGGCGCAAAUGGGACGGGUUUCAGGGGCCUUGUCGGACUCUGGAAGCUCGACCAACGGCGAGGAGGAGGACGAACUGGUCGAGGAGGCCCUGGUGGUGAAUGAGGCCGCUGUUUUCGAGCGGUGUUUCCAGCACCUGAAUGACUUUGCCACGGAUGGAUUGCGAACCUUGCUCUAUGGCCAUCGCUACUUGGAUGAAACGACGUACCAGACCUGGAAGGCAGCGUACCAUGAUGCCUCCAUCAGCAUUGUUGACCGGCAACUCAAGAUUGAGCAGGCGGGCGAACAGAUCGAGCAGCAGCUUGAGCUGACUGGCGCCACUGCUAUCGAAGACAAGCUGCAGAAGGGCGUGCCCGAGGCCAUUGACAAGUUGCGGCGGGCCAACAUCAAGAUGUGGAUGUUGACUGGCGACAAGCGCGAGACUGCUAUCAAUGUUGGCCACUCCUGCCGGUUGGUCAAGGACUAUUCGACUCUGACUAUCCUUGACCAUGAAAACGGCGACGUGGAACAGACAAUCGUGCGCCUCAUUGCGGAUAUCCGUCGUGGCCGUGUGGCCCACUCUGUGGUGGUUGUCGAUGGCCAGACUAUGGCGAAUAUUGAAGCGGACGAGCCAGUUCGGGAGCGGUUUUUCCAGCUCGCCGUCCGCGUGGAUUCGGUUAUUUGCUGCCGCGCAAGCCCUAAGCAGAAAGCUUUCCUGGUGCGAUCCAUCCGCAAGUAUGUCAACGACUCGAUCACUCUGGCCAUUGGCGACGGCGCCAACGAUAUCGCCAUGAUUCAGGAGGCCCACGUGGGCAUUGGCAUCACUGGCAAGGAGGGUCUUCAGGCGGCGCGUAUCUCGGACUACUCGAUCGCGCAGUUCCGGUUCCUUCUCAAACUGCUUCUCGUCCACGGCCGCUGGAACUACAUGCGUGCGUGCAAGUACACGCUUGGCACGUUCUGGAAGGAGAUGCUGUUCUAUCUCACCCAGGCGCUCUUCCAGCGAUGGAACGGCUACACAGGAACCAGUUUGUACGAGCCGUGGAGUUUGAGUAUGUUCAACACGCUGUUCACCUCGCUGCCCGUGAUCUUCCUGGGUAUCUUUACCAAAGAUCUUGCGGCGUCGACGUUGCUGGCCGUGCCAGAGCUAUAUACGAAGGGCCAGCGACACGGCGGGUUCAAUAUCAAGCUGUACCUGGGCUGGACGUUUAUGGCGACUUGCGAGGCCAUGAUCAUCUACUUUACGAUGUAUGGUCUGUUCGGCAUGGCCAAGAUCAACCCCAGUGACAAUGGAACCUAUGCGCUUGGUCUGUUGACGUUCUCGGCGUGUGUCACGGUGAUCAACCUGAAGCUGCAGGCGCUCGAGGUCCACAACAAGACCUGGCUAUCGCUUGUGGUGAUCAUCAUCUCGGUCGGUGGCUGGUUCCUGUGGAACAUGAUUUUAUCCCAACGCUACAACCUCGGCGCGGGCAAAGGCGUGUACGAUGUCCCGGACAACUUCCUGCACCACACCGGAGACAACCUUCUUUUCUGGGUCGUUCUCUUGAUUGCCAUCAUGGCGGUGGUUCUCUUUGAAUUUACUGUCAGCACCUGUCGCGCGAAUCUGUUCCCCACCGACGUCGACAUCUUCCAGGAAUACGAGCAGAAUCUCGACAUCCGCAUGCGUUUCGAGGAAGCCGCUGCCGCCGAGCUGCAGCAGGGCUGGGACCACGGCAAUAAGAAGUCGAGCUUCGAGGUCGAUCGUGAAACUGCCGAGAUGGAUGCCCGCGAGCGCCAUGUCCAGGAACUGCUUGCUCGCCCGCGUGUCAUGACCGAUGCCAAGCCCGCCACCCAAGAGAUUGAGAUGGACGGCUAUACCAGCACCAGUGCCAGUGCUAGUGCCAAUGCCAGUGCCAGUGCUCUUGGUGCAGUCCAGUAUACUCGUCCUGCGGCUGCCGAACCGAUGUCCCCCGAUGAAGGCGCCUCGGCGCGCCGCCGCUCAGUCGAGAUCCACGAGCUGUUCAGCAAGGGCUUCGGUGCUAUCCGAAAGGGCCAACUUAAAUAA